AGCUGUGGCCAAACUUCAGGGGGACCGACAAGGGACCGACGUGACAACGGGUCAUAUAGACCUGGUGCUGUCAGAGCCAUAGAUACCGCACAAUUAAUAGUGCCCCCGGUUCGACAAUACAUGUUUCAAGUCUCCCCUUAGGCUCUUAUCAAUUUUCACACUACUAUAUAACCGAGCCAUCAUAUCCCUUUGUAUCAGUAUUUUUACUACAGCGACUACUCGACUCGGUCAAUCAACCCUAUGGCCAUAGAGGAUAUUCCCACUUUUCAAUCACACACCAUCUCGAGCAUGCAUUCUGAAUUAUACCCUGAUGCCAAGGCUACCGAUACCAGUCUUGUCGAAGAAUCGAAAGAGGAGAACGAGCAACUCCCCGUUUACCGCCUGUAUAAGCGCCGUUUCACUGGCCUUGUUGGUUUCAUUUUAUUGGGCCUCGUGACUGGUAUGCCCUGGGCAUGGUUUGGGCCCAUAUCGACUGAUUCUGCUCGGGCCUUUCACAUUUCCGUCGACCAGGUGAACUGGCUCGGUAACAUCAUAUCUUGCGUCUACCUCCCCGUCUCACUCCUCGUUCCCGUUUUCUGCUCGCGCUUCGGCAUUCGUCGCUGUGCUGAAGUCGGUGUAGUGACGCUCCUCAUAUCGGGCUGGGUGCGCUAUGCGGGCACCAUCUCGUCCUUGUCCUCUGAGAGCGCUUAUACGCUACUCAUACUCGGACAGUUCUUCUCAGCAAUAUCCCAACCUAUCUUCCAAGUCCUUGGUCCAAAGUAUUCCGAGACGUGGUUUGAUCUCAAAGGGCGAACCACAGCAACAAUGGUGAUCGCCAUCGCCAAUCCUGUAGGUGGCGCGAUUGGUCAAAUGAUUAGUCCUCUAGUUGGUACGGCAAGGGAAUCUAUAUUGGUCCUAGCAAUCAUAUCUACUGCCGUCGUCCCGGCCCUUUUCCUCAUCGAGAAUGAACCAAAAACGCCACCUACAUAUGCAGGCUCCAAGGCGUCACAAUCACUCUACUCCCUCCUAUGUGCGAUGGUCGGGAAAGUUAGCCCCGGCGACCCUGCUUACAUGGCUCCUCGCGAACGGGUGGACUUCACCAUCAAUGCGAUACUUUUUGGUGUACUCGUUGGCGCGGCAAACGCACUCAGCAUCCUUUCCGCGCAAUAUUUCGAACCUGAGGGGUACAGCGACUCCAUAGCAGGCCUCUUUGGUGCAACCCUCCUACUUAGUGGGGUUAUAACCGGUAUCUGCACUGCUCCCCUGUUCGAUCGGGUAUUGACCCACCAUCUGGGCAUAACACUAAAGAUUCUUGUCCCGAUUUCUGCAGCAGGAUGGUUGAGCUUGAUCUGGGCUGUCAAACCAGAUAACACUGGCGGUAUCUUUGCGAUCAUGGCCAUUAUCGGUAUCAGCUCCCUCAUCAUGCUCCCAGUCGGUCUCGAGUUAGGAGCCGAGGUAACCCGAAAUGCAGACGGAAGUGCCGCUAUUUUGUGGUGCUCAGGCAACGCAUUCGGCAUUAUAUUCAUACUCGCGGAAGGUGCCCUCCGCGCAUCGGCGACUGCAUCCCCGCCAUAUAACAUGCACGCAGCGUUCAUACUGCACGGCGUGAUAGUGGCGGCGGCGGCCUGUCUCGUGGUGUUUGUACGCGCAAAGCAGGCGCGGCGGGAGAUGGAUGAACGCAUGGCACAACACGUAGAUCCAAACCGGAAUGUGGAGGCGAUGCCGAUGGAUACAUUAGCCACGGCCUCUUCAGGUCAGUCCAUCAGGUCGAUAGAAAAGGAGGAGAGGGGGUCGAUACAAGAUAAAGAUGACUCAAUACCGUUGCCUGACAAGAGAUGAUAUUAGGG